AUGAUGAGAAUCUUCUUUUUCACUCUUCUUUUUCACAUCCUUUGUUUGCUUGCACUAAACACCGCACCCUUACAUGCAAACAAAGAAGAAGCUGAAGCUCUCUUACAAUGGAAGAUCAAUGGCCUAUCAUCAUCAUCUACUUCUUUAUUGGAUUCUUCCUGGUCUGUCAAUAACCUCACAAAUGUGUGUAGUUGGGAGGGCAUUAUCUGCAACUCCGCUGGUUCUGUUUCAGAGCUCAAUCUCCCUCAUGGAAACAUCAGAGGUACACUUGAGCCACUCGCUUUUUCCUUACUUCCUAAUCUUACUCGCAUCAAUCUCAAUAACAAUAGUAUGAGCGGAGCGAUCCCAUCUACUAUCAGCACCCUCCUUAUGCUCACUUUUCUGGACUUGAGCAAUAACAACUUCACCGGGACAAUACCAGUAGAAGUUGGGCAGUUGACACAACUCAGGUACUUUAGUUGUUUCAGAAACUUUCUAGAGGACGUGAUUCCAUUUGAAAUUAGCAAUCUCCAAAACCUAAGUUAUCUGGAUCUGGGAGUGAAUAACCUGGAAACUCCGAAUUGGUCUAAAUUCCAUGUUAUGCCUUUGUUGAAGCAUCUCAACCUCCAUGCUAAUGAGUUCACUUUGAAUUUUCCACAAGACUUGAUAAAGAGUUGUACAAACCUGUCUUAUCUUGAUUUGUCAAAAAAUCAUUUUACCAGUCAAAUCCCAGUGUCUAUGUUUUCCAAGUUAGAGAAGCUGGAGCAUCUUGAUCUUAGUAACAAUUUCUUCCAAGGACCUUUUCCCAUUAGUCUUACCAACUUGUCCAACCUUAAAUUUCUUAGUCUUUCGUACAACAACCUUUCUGGCACAAUUCCAGAAGAAAUUGGUUCAAUCACCAAUCUUCAAGUCCUAAAAUUGAUCAAUAAUUCAUUUCUUGGGAAUAUUCCACCUUCCAUAGGAAAUCUCAAACAUCUUCAGUAUCUUGCUCUUGGAUUUAAUCUACUUAAUUCAACAAUUCCAGUUGAAAUUGGCUCCAUGAAUAGCCUUCGGGUACUAAGCCUAAAUUAUAAUUCAUUUCAGGGGAAGAUUCCGCCUUCCAUCGGAAGCCUUAAACAUCUUCAGUUUCUUUCUCUUGGAAUGAAUCAACUGAAUUCUAUGAUUCCCUUUGAACUUGGGCUAUGCACAAAUCUUGAAAUCUUGUAUCUUGAAAAUAACACUCUAACAGGCGAGUUGCCUCCCAGCAUGGCCAAUCUUUCCAAACUAGUUGAGUUAGAUUUAUCUUCUAACAGACUUUCAGGUGAUUGCAUUCCCUCAAACAUUGGGAAUUUGAAUAAGUUGUUUGAACUCCUCCUUUCGAAAAACCACCUCUCUGGUGUAAUUCCUUCAACAAUUGGAAAUUUGACAGAGCUCUAUGGGCUAGGUCUUACAUAUAACUAUCUUAGGGGGACAUUACCAUGGGAAGUAGGAUAUUUAACAUCACUAUCUGCCGUUUCCAUAAGUUCCAACUUGCUUCACGGACCUGAGACCUUAUCAAUCUUUUGCAAUCUCACAUCUCUUUCAGGCCUUUUCAUAGCUUAUAACAAAUUGAAUGGACAUAUUCCACAAUGCUUGGGAAACAACACGAAUAUCAAAUUUCUUUUUCUUAAUGGCAAUCAGUUUCACGGGGGUAUUUCAAAAUCACUCUGCAAUGCAUGCCACCUUCAUUUGCUUGACCUGUCAAGCAAUUACUUGAGUGGUCUCAUUCCAACGUGCCUGGGAAAUUUUAGCAAUCAACUCUCAUUCUUGCGUCUUGAAAAUAAUAAUUUGCAUGGUGCUAUGCAUAGAGAGUUUUGCAGUUCAACCUCUUUCGAGUUGUUUGACCUAUCUCUUAAUAGUUUGAGUGGUGUUAUUCCUUCGUGUUUGGGAAAUCUAAGCACAACAUUGUCGCUACUUGAUUUAAGCAUGAAUCAAUUUUAUGGAAACAUUCCAGAAGAAGCUUUAAAGGGUGACGUUCUGCAAGUUCUCAUCUUGCAAUUUAAUGAAUUCGAAGGACCAUUACCUCGUACUCUGCUCAACUGUACAGCUCUCCAAGUUCUUGAUGUUGGAAACAAUGGGCUAAAUGACUCAUUCCCACACUGGUUAGAUGCUCACCCACAAUUGGCAGUGCUCAUCUUAAGUUGUAAUCAUUUUCAUGGGGUGAUAGGCAAUCCUACCAACAAGAUUCCAUUCCCUAUGCUGCGAGUUCUUGAUCUUUCCAACAAUCACUUCACUGGACAUUUGCCUAAAUGUUAUUUCCAGCAUUUUACUGGGAUUAUAAAUGAUAUUACUCCUGAUUUAGAAGUAACAUACUUUACAAGCCAUUUCAAUUACGCUUUUGGAGGCACUGUAAUGCUAGUGGUGAAAGGGUUUGAGCUUCCCGUGGAAAAAAUUCUAUCCCUUUACACACUCAUAGACUUAUCAAGUAACAUGUUUGAUGGAGACAUUCCUAUUUCAAUAGGAAUCCUUCGUUUCCUCCGGCAUCUCAAUCUGUCUCAUAAUAGGCUAACUGGCCAUAUACCAUCAUCAUUGGGAAAUCUAACAUUGCUUGAAGCGCUAGACAUGUCUUGCAACCAGCUCACAGGGGAGAUUCCAUGGCAACUGUCAAAGCUUGGAUUUCUGGAAGUACUGAACCUCUCCUAUAAUCAUUUAUUGGGAGCAAUUCCCCGCAGCGGGCAACUUGAUACAAUUGGCAAUGACUCCUACCUGGGAAACACAGCACUGUGUGGCUUUCCAUUGUCUCUGGAAUGUGAAGCCAGCAGAAAACCACAUGUGCCGUCACAAGAAGAAGAAGAUGAGGAUUCGGGUUUUUUUAAUGGAUUUUCUUGGCAGAGCGUGACGAUAGGAUAUUGCUGUUCAUUUCCAUUUGGAGUUUGUGUGGGAUAUUUUGCUCUGCAAUAUGGAAAACUCAACUGGUUGCUAUGGAAACUCACAUGGAAGAGAAGGCAUGCCAAGGCCAGAAGAACAAAUUAAUAUUGCAGAUCGAGUGGUACAGAUGUGUAAAGCUGUGGCAUUUUACCGGCCUUUGUGGUUGAAGAUUAAAAGGGUGGCGGGCAUGCAGAGUUUUACACUCAGAGUCGUUGUGUUUUUAUUGUGACCAAUAGAGCUGCUCAUGCGGAUCGAAUUGUGCUUUUAUUGUAUUGAUUGGUCGUGGGUACUAUUGUGGACUAUUGUGGUGUGCUAUUUUAAUUAAUAUGCCUUCCCAUGUUCUUUAUUGC